CUAGCUUACUUUUUUCCUUCUUAUUUUUUAUCUACAUAAAUUUCUUUUAAUCAUCAUGUUACGAUUCAACAUUAGAAAGAUCAAUCCUGUCAUAUCACAAACACGUGCAUUAUCUAUUCUUCAACCAUCAUGUACAAAGCAUAGCCAUGGUGGUGACCCCUUUCCUAAUCUUGCUAUUCGACAUUCAACCGCACUUGAUACCUCAUACCCUAAUCUACCUCCUAUUCCACGUCCAAAUGAAUCGACUGAAAACAAACGUCGUCGACUCAUCUAUCAAAGUCGAAAACGUGGUAUCCUGGAAACCGAUCUAUUGCUAUCUACUUUUGCAAAGACUUGGUUACCACAAUUUGAUAGAGACCAACUAGACGAAUAUGACCGUCUCUUGGAUGAGCCUGAUUGGGAUAUCUUUUAUUGGGCUACACAUAAAAAGCCUGUACCUGAACGAUGGCAAAAGUCAAAGGUAUUGGAGAUGGUGAGUGAUCAUGCUAGAAAUGAUGAAAAAAAGGUCUUGAGAAUGCCUGAUUUGGAGGCAUAAACUGUUGUUAAUAAUAAUAAUAAUAAUAAUAAUAAUAAUAAUAAU